AAAAACUUAAUCAGAACAGGAAACAGCUCAGAGACAACUUCAAGUCACUAUACACACGAUUUAUAGAUCAAAAUUGCUUUCAUUACCCUGUCCCAUUUCCCUCUUCUUUUCUCAUAUUCUCCAACCCUUUACAAGAUGAAGUUCCAAAAGAUUGAGCUUCUCUUUGGGAACAAAACCCCAACACAAAUGCUCCCAAAAGUGACUUUACUUGCAAUCUUAGCCAUACUUAUAUUUGCUAUCACCCCAAUGUGUUAUCCUUUGAGUUACUCUUCACUCUUGAAGAUCAAUAAAUAUAAGCAGCCUUCAACUACAUAUGAUGGGACAGAAAGCUUGCCUUCAACAUCUGUGAAGAAGUGUGACAUUUUCAGUGGGGAAUGGGUGCCGAAUCCAAAGGCACCAUAUUACACAAACACAACAUGUUGGGCAAUUCAUGAGCACCAAAAUUGUAUGAAGUAUGGGAGACCUGAUUCUGAGUUCAUGAAGUGGAGGUGGAAGCCAAAUGAGUGUGAACUCCCCAUAUUCAACCCCUUUCAUUUCCUAGAAAUUAUGAGGGGGAAAUCUAUGGCUUUUGUUGGAGACUCAGUAGGAAGAAAUCAUAUGCAGUCUUUGAUUUGCCUCCUUUCAAGGGUGGAAUGGCCCAUAGAUGUUUCACCCACAACAAAUGACUAUUUCAGGCAAUGGAAGUACCCAAGUUAUAACUUCACCGUAGCAGCUUUUUGGACACCCUAUUUGGUGAAAUCUAAAAUGGUAGAUUCAAUUGGACCUAGUCACAAUGGCCUAUUUAACCUUCACCUUGAUCAAGUUGAUGUGACAUGGGCAACCCAAAUUAAGAAGUUUGACUAUAUCAUCAUGAAUGCGGGGCAUUGGUUUUUUCGUCCAAUGAUAUUUUAUGAGAAACAAAAUAUUGUUGGAUGUUGUGACUGUCUGUUAAAAAAUGUCACUGACUUAACCACGUACUAUGGCUACAGACAAGUUUUUAGGACUGCAUUUAAAGCCAUCAAUAGUUUACAAAACUUCAAGGGAAUAACAUUUCUUAGAACAUUUGCACCAUCUCAUUUUGAGAAUGGGACGUGGAACAAAGGUGGACACUGCGUGAGAACUAAGCCAUUUAAGAGCAAUGAGAUACGAUUAGAAGGUACUAAUUUGGAGUUAUAUAUGAUCCAAUUGGAGGAGUUCAAAAUUGCAAAGAAGGAAGGUAGAAAGAAGGGUUUGGAAUUUAGGUUGUUUGACACCACACAAGCAAUGUUAUUAAGACCAGAUGGCCACCCAAGUAGAUAUGGGCAUUGGCCACAUGAAAAAGUGACACUUUAUAACGACUGUGUGCACUGGUGCUUGCCUGGACCCAUAGACACAUGGAAUGAUUUUCUACUAGAAAUGCUGAAGAUGGAGGACAUGAAAUUUACUAGAAGUGAAAGAGAUCAUGUGCAAACAAAUUGACAAUUUAUUAUAUGUAUAAUUAUCCUUUGUAUGUCUAAUUAUUUUUUGAAACCAUCACAUGCAAAAUAAUUAUCUCCCUACGUAUCACAAAAGUGAAGACUAGUGGAAGCUUAAUUAAAUUGAUGUAAUUCUCGUAA